AUGAGAAAAGGCGUCGUCGGGUUGCCUUGCAUGUUCCCAGUUUGCGUGCCCCCCUUCCCCCUCCGCCUCCGGGGGCCUGGCCGCUCUGCGAGGGGGGGCUGGGGGGUUGGGCUUAAUCUAUCCGCGGACGGGAGCUUCCCGAUGGCGAGUCUAUCGUUUGCUGUCGAUAGAUUGGUGUGGGACGGGAAGGGGUGUGCAAUCCAAGGGAUGCAAACAACCUGUUGUGGCACGGAAGGGAAAAAAGAAGGACGAUGGAAGGAAAAAGUGAAAAAGUUGGGGGCAGGCGGAAAGACGGGUAGAGAUGGGAGUGGAGCUCGUCUUUAUUGGAAACUAGUAUACACUCUCUUUUUUCCUUCUGUGAAAGCGUGA